UUUGCUUGCUAAUGAGCUUAGCCCUCUCUGAGCAGCUUUUAGCCCUGCAGGACAGGUUGUUGUAAUGGGUGCUGGUUAGCUAAAGGAACCAGAGCGGAGGAUCUAACAGCCACAGCUUCACCACUCCUCCGUUCCCCUACCAGGACCUCGACUUGUACCGGCACUGCGGCUGGGACGUCUCUCUCCACUCCCUCCCUCCUCUGCCUCUCUCUAACGCUACCUGACUCCCCUCUCUCUCUCUGUCUCUUUCUCUCCAUCUGUCCCAGAGCACUGACAAACUGCUUUUGUAGCUGCAUCAUCUCUCAGGCAGCUCCCGUCUUUUUCAUCAAUUUGACCCUCUCCCCCCCCGACUUUGUUGCCAAAAUGUAUCGGAACCCGUGGAUCUCGAAUUACCUGACUCAUGUCAAGUUUUGCAGCCAAGGACUCGGGAGUGAGACCCCCAUUAAACUAAGCAACCCCAGAUUGCUACAGAAGAGAGCCUUGAGCUUCCAGAAAGAAUUCUCCUUCGACGAAAAAGACGACCCAGCAAAAAGCACCAAGGAUAUAGAUGUUAGUCUCUUGGCCAAUCUCCCCAAAGUCUCUGAACUGAGGAAACGAUUUGAAGGCAUAACAACAAGCUCAAGUGACUGGGAAAUGAACAGAAAGGAGCGUAUCGCUCGGCGGCUGGAAGGCAUAGAGGGUGAGGUGCAUCCGUCUCUGCUGCCCAGCUUGGUGGCCAACAGGCUUCUGGAGGAGGACACACCAAGAUACACCAGGGCCUCCGACCCCUUUGAGCCCUGUGGUGUUACAGUCCAGCGCUAUGGCAUGGAGGGCUUCGAAAGCCCAGAAAUGCAGGUGAAGGCUCCAGAGCGACAGUCCAGAGCUCGAUGCAGACCUGACCCUCAGUCCUCUGUCCACACUGAGCCUGUCUACACUUCAGGCUCCACCCCCAGCGCCCCAGAGCUGGAGUCCAAGGCCGAACGCAUUGCUCGCUACAAGGCAGAGCGACGCCGGCAACUGGCAGAACGCUACGGCAUCUCUUUAGAUCAGGAGCCAGAGCCGGAGCAACCUCCCCGCUACACUCGGACCCGUAAGGAGUCAGAAGGUUCAGAGAGACGAAACAGAGGGGACUCAGUGGGGGAGGACAGUCGGGACAUCACCCUGAGUUCUCACACCAGCACCUCUGCCACUAGUCCACGGGCAGCACGCUCGGCCUCACAGCACCCCGACCCGGGUUAUGAGACGGGUAGAACCAGGGUGGACUCGUUCUCGGAGAGGGAGAGGCUGAUGAACCUGGAGAAUCAACGCAGAGCUGCUCCUCCCGAGCCUCCGUCCUCGUACAUGGAUGUGACAUCAUUGUCCUCAGCUGCCAGGGCGCCCAACAAGGACUACUCUGUGACAGGGGUUCCACCCAGCUCACCCAAGCUGAGCAGACACACCUCCCUCUCUUCACCGAAACACGGGGCUUCUCCUGGGGACAUAUUCAUCGAGCAGCAGGCCCACAACAUCCUCAGCAGACAGGGUGCGAGGGCGAAACUGAGCACUGAUUGGUUCCUCCAGACUGAUGCUGAGGGCGAUACCCAAUCCCUCAUCAACUGGCCCUCGAGAAUCAGAGUUAGGGAGAGGCUGGCCAGAGAGGAGGGCCGCCAGAGGAGCCCAGAGCUGGGGAAUGAAGCCUCAGUAUACCGCAGACAGUUUCAACACCAGGCCCAAGCCUCCACACGCCACCACACAGACCCACCAGCCACCCAGCUGGUUUACUCCCAUCACCCUCAGGCUCAGCUCAGCCGACCUGGGCCGCAGGGAGGACAAGAAGUUGGCGGUUACCCUAGUUAUCUGUCCAUGGCUUCUGGUCCCACGUCUAGAGGCGGACAGCAGCCAGAGGAGGAGACUGAUGAGACAGAGGAUGUGAAAACAGAGGGUCUUCUGAGGAGCAGGAAGGCGGUGCUGCCUUCUGAGAUCCGCCGCAGGGAGAGGAGCACCGAGGACCCACGGAGAGGAAGAGGAGAAGAGGAACUAGGGAUGUCCAGGGUGCUGAGUGUCAGCCACGCUGAGGCAGAGGAUCCUGCAAGAGGAGGACACAGAAGCAGAGCCAGGUGGGACGACACAGAUCACACAUCCCGUCUGCAAGCAUCAGAAAGCAGGCCCAGAGAGCGGGACAAUGCCAUUUAUAUCCAAAAAGGGAUGGCCGCCACACACAUCCAGCCAAGAGCAGCACAUGCAGGUCCAGGAAGCUCCAGCACAGCCCUGAACCGCUCGGUGUCAGACGCCGGCGAUCCAAGAGGGCCCGGUCACAGAAACCAUGAUCCCCGAGAGGUCAGGGAGGGGGACCAGGACAGCCGGGUGUCUGUGGCCCAGCUCAGACAUUCCUACAUGGAGAGCACUACCACCCCUCCGACUAGCCGCAGGAAUGAGCUUGAGGUUGAAGGGGACUGGGCGCUCGCAGGCUACGAGGCCCUAUGGAGAGGGGAGAGGGACAGGGGGCGCAGGCCCCGGCAAUAUAUCUGUCCCGGGGAGAGUAGAAAGACCUCAGAGAGGUUUAGGACGCAGCCCAUCACUUCUGCUGAGCGCCAGGAGACUAAUAGGUCCUGUGUGAGCUCAGAUCUUGCCUCCACUGAAGCCGAUGAAGAAAAGCUUGAUGAACGGGCCAAGCUAAGCGUAGCAGCCAAGCGCUCUCUCUUCAGGGAAUUGGAGAAGAGUAUUGAUGGCGGAGCUCCAAAACAACGCUCCAGGAAUGCAGCGGUUGACAGGAGACUGAGACGGACACAAGACCGAUCCAGAACUCAGCCCGUCACCACUGAGGAAGUAGUCAUCGCUGCCACCGUCCCCUCUCACGUGCCACACAUGGUGACUGUUCACACUGCUGUAGCACGCGUCCCUAGCCCCACCCUAGUUUGCAGCACUGUCCCGCCAUACAGCCUGCAGGCAUCCUCAAAGCAAAGUGCCGCCUCCCGGGAGCAGGCACGGGAAGCUCGGCAGAUGCAGGAGGCGCGGCAAGCGCAGGAGGUUCGGCAGAUGCAAGAAGCGCGGCAGGUGCAGGAGGUUCGGCGGAUGCAGGAGGCGCGGCAGGUGCAGGAGGUUCAGAAGAUGCAGGAUACUCAGGAGGUCCAGCGCUCUAAGCCAGUGUCCACAGUGGAGGAAAAAGACCAGAGUCAGAGUCAGAGUCAGGAUGAGCCUGACCUCUGCACCCUCAGCCUGGCAGAAAAGAUGGCCCUGUUCAACAGACUGGCUCAGCCUCCAAUCAGGGUUACCCGCACCAGAGGUGACACACGCCAGCGCAGGGCCAACGCUCGUUACCAGACACAACCCAUCACACUGGGAGACAUGGAGCAGGAGCCUUCAGACAUAGACGUCAGGGACGAACAGGAGCUGUGUGACAGCCCGGUAGAGCACCUACAACUCCAAAACAGUACUGGCUCCCACUUCGGCCACCCUUCAACUUCACCACCCCCCUCUGCUCUGAGAGAAGGCACCGUCUCCACUGACCACGCCGGAGACAUCCACAUAACCAGAGCAGCAGCCCGGGUGGAACCCCCUCGCUACCCGGACGGUCCUGCCUGGAGGUCCCUGGGAGAGGACAGAGCUGAUCUGGGAGGAGGGAAGAGGAAGCUGCCCUCUCCUGAGGGAGCAGUCAGACAGGCUGCUCUGCCACAGCCCCAGACUGGAAGAGAGAGGAGGGAGGUGGAGGAGGAGGAGGAGGAGGGGCAGCAGUGGCAGGCCAGAGGGUGGGGAGACAAAGUGGUACAGAGCUCAGAGAGACACAUGCUCCAGGAGAGGCAGGAGGCGUAUCUGAAGGAGGACGGACACAAUCAAGACAGUCAGAGGAGCGGGGCCGUCAGUGGAGCUGCCAGACUCACUGUGGUAACAUCCAGAGCAGUGACUGGUUCGCAGCCUCCAGCAGCAGACAUAGACGGCGUGGUUCAACCUGAAGAGGGAGACGAGAUGAGCGACAUGAUGAUGGCCAGACACAUGUCCAUCAAAGAGAGAGUGGCCUUGUUGAAGAAGAGCGGUGAAGACGACUGGAGGAACAGGAUCAAUAAGAAGCAGGAUGCGGUGAAGGUUGCCGUGGGCGACCAACACGCUCAGCUCUGGGAGGUGGAGCAGAGCUUCAAGAAGAAGGACAAUGAAGCACUGAUGAUGAUCGAUGAUUUUGCUGUGUCCGACCAGCUAUGGGAGCCGGUCUUUGCCUCCACUUUCUCUCCUGAGCCUCCUCUCCUUUCUCCUUCCCCUGAUGAAUCAGCCAGCCAGACCACCAGAUCUCCCAGGCCCAUGCAGGUGGAUGAGAGACACCCCUGGAGACGGAAGAGAAUAGCCGACACUGAGAUGGAGGUCCAGGAAAUCGAGGCCCGCAUGUCCAUCCAGGAGAGGAAACAGUUGAUUGUGGCCCAGGAGGAGGCCUGGAAGACAAAAGGCCACGGAGCCGCCAACGAUUCCACCCAGUUCACCGUGGCUGCACGCAUGAUGAAGAAAGGAUUGGCCUCCCCCUCAGCGCUCCAGUCUCCAGUAUCCUCCAAACCCAAAAACAGCAGCCCUGCCAUCUCCAAACCACAGGAAGAGAUCAAGGCCGUUCCAGAUCUGAACCUGGAGUCGGACUUGAAGCUGGAUAAACUGGAGUCAUUCCUCGGCAAGAUCAACAGUAAAGUGAUUGGACUGCCAGAAGCGACCAUCACUGUCACACAGAAGAAGGUAAAGGAAGUGAUGACCCUCGAAGAUGAAACUUUUUCCAAGUUCUACCGCCAAAUGGAGGAGCUCCCCGUCACCAUAAACAAGGUGACGAUAGACGAAGACUUUGAUGCCAUCUUCGGUCCCCAGGUGCCAAAGCUGACCUCGGAGAUGGUGCAGCACAAGCGAGCGGUGCGCCCGGCGCGUAACGUCCAGUCAUCUAGAAACCCUCUGAAGAUGCUGGCUGCCAGAGAGGACAUCAGACACGAGUACACAGAGCAGAGGCUCAACAUCGGCCUGCUGGAGAGCAAGAGGAUGAAGGCUGAGAAGAUGAAUAAGAACUCUGGGUUCUCUGAUGUGGCUCUUGCUGGUCUGGCCAGCAAAGAGAACUUCAGCAACGUCAACCUGCGCAGCGUCAACAUCUCCGAGCAGAUGUCCAACAACAGCGUGCCUUACAAGAAACUCAUGCUCUUACAGGUCAAAGGCCGCCGGCACGUCCAGACCAGGCUGGUGGAGCCCAGAGCUUCCUCCCUGAACAGUGGCGACUGUUUCCUGCUCAUCACGCCCCAUCACUGCUUCGUCUGGACCGGAGAGUUCGCCAACGUCAUUGAAAAGAACAAGGCUUCAGAGUUGGCAAACUUCAUCCAGAGAAAGAGAGAUCUGGGGUGCCGAGCUAACUACGUCCAGGUCAUCGAGGAGGGUGUCAGCACACACAGCCAUGCUGCCAAGGACUUUUGGAAGAUUCUGGGAGGGCAGUCGAGUUAUCAGUCUGCGGGAACACCAGAUGAAGACGAGCUGUAUGAGGGAGCCAUUGUAGAGACAAACUGUAUUUAUCGCCUGAUGGAUGACAAACUGGUCCCAGAUGAUGAUUUCUGGGCCAAGGUGCCUCGAUGUUCCCUGCUCAACCCCAAGGAGGUUCUGGUGUUUGACUUUGGUAGUGAGAUGUACAUAUGGCACGGAAAAGAAGUCACACUGGCACAGAGGAAGGUGGCCUUCCAGCUGGCCAAACACCUGUGGAACGGCACCUUCGACUACACAAACUGUGACAUCAACCCGCUUGACCCGGGAGAGUGCAACCCACUCAUACCCAAGAAAGGUCAGGGCCGACCUGACUGGGCGGUGUUCGGCAGACUGACUCAACACAAUGAAACCACGCUGUUCAAAGAGAAGUUCCUGGACUGGAGCGACUCCAGGAAAACACCCAGUCCCACAAAAAACAAUGACCAUGCCGCUGAUCAAAAGGAGCAAUCCACCUCUGAUCACCCCCACGCGUACAACGCCUCCCUGAUGCUGCCCGUCCAUCAGGCGCCCAUCUGCACCAAACUGGACGGUUUCAACGUGGGCCGCGGUUACGGUCUGGUGGAGGCUGAGGAGUGGCGUAGCUACGAGAUCACCACGCUGGCGGUGGAGGUGUGGCACAUCCUGGAGUUCGACUACAGCCGCCUGCCGCGCCAGAGCAUCGGCCAGUUUCACGAGGGCGACACGUACGUGAUGAAGUGGAAGUACAUGGUCAGCACUGCAGUUGGAAGGAGACAGAACCCUGAGCAGCAGAAGACAGCAGGAGCUGGGAAGGAGAAGUGCUGCUACUUCUUCUGGCAGGGCCGCAACUCCACGGUCAGCGAGAAGGGAACGUCAGCGCUGAUGACCGUGGAGCUGGACGAGGAGCGAGGAGCACAGGUUCAGGUGCAGCAGGGGAAGGAGCCGCCAUGUUUCCUGCAGUGCUUCAAAGGAGGGAUGGUCAUCCACUCGGGGAAGAGAGAAGAGGAGGAGGAGAACUCCCAAAGUGACUGGCGUCUGUAUUGUGUGCGAGGGGAGGUGGAGGUGGAGGGCCACCUGCUGGAGGUAGCCUGUCACUGCAGCAGUCUGCGCUCCAGAGUCUCGAUGGUGCUGCUGAGCGUUAGCCAGGCCCUCAUCUACCUGUGGCACGGCUGCAAGUCUCAGCCACACACACGGGACGUGGCACGCACCGCCGCCAACAAAAUCAAAGAGCUCUGUCCUCUGGAGACAGGCCUCCACAGCAGCAGCAAGGUGACCAUCAGGGAGUUUGAUGAGGGAGCCGAGCCCACAGGAUUCUGGGAACCUCUCGGGAGGCGGGACAGGAAAACGUACGACUGCAUGCUGCAAGACCCAGGGAGAUUUAACUUCUCACCACGUCUGUACCAGCUGAGCAGCAGCUCAGGGGAGUUUGCAGCUGUGGAGUUUCUGUAUCCUGCCAGGAACCCCAAGGAGGUCAACUCGAUGCCGUUCUUGCAGGAGGACCUUUAUGCAGCCUCACAGCCAGCCCUGUUCCUGGUGGACAACCAUCACGAGGUGUAUCUGUGGCAGGGCUGGUGGCCUCAGGACAGUGAGAGCACCGGCUCAGCCCGAAUCCGCUGGGAUUCAGACAGGAAGUGUGCCAUGGAGACAGUGCUGCAGUACUGUAAAGAAAAGAAUGAGAAGAAACCUCCCAAAGCGUAUCUGAUCCACGCUGGUCUGGAGCCACUCACCUUCACCAACAUGUUCCCCAGCUGGGAGCACAGAGAGGACAUCGCUGAGAUCACUGAGAGGGAGGCAGAGGUGUGUAACCAGAUUAUCCUGGUGGAGGACGUGUUGGCCAGGCUGUGUAAGACCACGUACCCCCUGGCAGAUCUUCUGGCCCGGCCGCUGCCCGAAGGAGUCGACCCUCUCCGUCUAGAGGUCUACCUGUCUGAUGAGGACUUUGAAGGUGUAGGGGCUUAUGGGAAGAAAGCCCUGGACAUGAGCAGAGAGGAGUACGGAGCUUUGCCUGGCUGGAAGCAGGUGAACUUGAAGAAAGCGAAAGGACUUUUCUGAUUGGCUGAUCUGAAGACACCAGGAUGUUGUUCUGUCUCAUGUGUUUACGUCACGUGACGGAGGCUCAGGGGCUGCUCCUCCUGAGUUAACCGACGGAGGGUUGAGGACUGAUGGAGUGAUGAAGGUAUGGAAGAGAUGAUCAGUGAAUGAGAGAUGUGCCAGCUUCUUGCGCUGCAGAUUUCCCUCCCAUCUGCCUUUUUUUUGUGUUUUGGUCGUAGAAGUAGGAGACAAAUGUAGGCGAAUGCACUUCUGAUUAAAUGUGUUCUUUAAAGUCACACUCUAGAAGAUUCAGAUGACGUCCAUAAGCAUGGAGUGCAGGUCCAAGAACUUUACUGAAUUUGAUGUUGAUGUAUGUACAUAUGUACCAUAUGCGCCACAGCCCAGUGCCCGUAUACUGUCAGCCAUGCAGCCAUGUGUUUCACACACUCCACAUCACACUCUCUGCUAUUCCUCUGUUUGUUUGUGCGUUACAAUUAAUUUAUAUUUAUCAAAUCCACAUUUUUUAAAAAAGCUCCAUGAAUAUUCACCGAGCUAAAUUUGAAUGAAUAAACUAUGUAAUUAAUGCGGAGGUUUGUGUCAUAUGUUGAUAAAUAGCAGAUAUUACAGAAUGCUGUACAGUUCACCAUUUGCCAUUUACAAAUCAAGCGAUGCAGCUUUAUUUGGAUGCAUCCAGUUUUUGUUUCAGACGGGAAAAAGGAUACAGGCUCAAUGAAAGGCAAAGACGGCGAUUAUGAAAUGUAUCUGAUUUUUCAGUCAUACGGUGUAUAGUGCCUUGCUUUUGUGUACAGUUUAUAUACAGAUCCUAGUCUGCAUUUUGAAGACUUUUUGUGAUAUAAAGAAAUAUUAGAAAAAUAAACUCUGAAUGUUGGAAAGCCA